AUGUCGUUAUUCGUAGAGUUUGACGUGGUGGUGGAUGUGGAUGCGGACUUCGACGUAAACAAAGCCUCAACGAGCCGCAUCGCUUCGAUUUGGCUGCCAAGUCCAAGUUCCAACGCUACAGGGGUCUCGACAAGGCACAAUAACAAGAUGGGCCUCGAAGCAGUAAUGGUAGUGGUGGAUAACAGUGAAAGCAGCAGAAAUGGCGACUACACUCCCACCAGAUACGAAGCUCAGUCCGACGCCGUAUCUCUAAUCUUCUCCGCUAUCACACAAGGAAAUCCCGAGUCGUCUGUCGGUCUGAUGAGUAUGGGAGGCAAGGGACCAGAGGUGCUGGUCACAUUAACGACGGACCAUGGCAAGAUUCUGGAAGGUUUACAUCGCACGAAGAGCAAGAUACGUGGGGGCAGCCACUUGGCUGUGGGCAUCCAGAUUGCGGGUCUUGCCCUCAAGCACCGCCAAAACAAGUCCCAGCGCCAACGCAUUAUCGUCUUCACCUGCUCUCCGAUCCCCGACGACGAGGGGUCCCUGACAAAGCUCGCAAAGAAGAUGAAGAAGAACGCCGUCUCUAUCGACUUUGUGGCAUUCGGGGAGCUGGACGAUGAUACGACCAAGAAGCUUACGAUUUUCAGCGAGAAUGUUAAGGGCCCCGAAGGCUCACACAUUGCGAUCAUCCCACCCGGACCAGGCCUUCUCAGCGACCAGCUUGUUACUAGUCCGAUCCUGAAUGGGGACGGCGGCUCUGGCGGUAAUGGUGGCGCAGAAGGUGCUGGGGCAGGAGAAAACUUCGAGUUUGGUGUUGAUCCCAGCAUGGACCCCGAGCUGGCAUUGGCGCUGCGCAUGAGUAUGGAGGAUGAGAAGGCAAGGCUGGAUAAGCAAAGCAAGGAGACUGCGGAUCAAGAGGCGAAGGACAAGGCAAAGUUGGAAGGCAUCCAGGAGGAAGACGAGGCUGGGGAGAAGGCCCCACUGCUGGGUGAGGGGAGCGGCAAGAAGGAUGAUAAGAAGGACGACGGCGAUGCGGAUAUGAUGGAUACGGCGUAG